AUGACACAAAAUAAUCCAACGAAAACACUCACAACGCAUGUUUUGGAUGUUGCAAAUGGUCGACCAGCUGUUGGUGUUCCAUGUCAUGCAGAAAAAUAUGAUUUAGAUAAGUGGCAAUCUUUUCCAAUGACAACCACAAACUCUGAUGGACGUGCAUUGAAUCUCAUUCCACCUUUUGAUUGGACACCUGGUCAUUAUCGUUUAGUAUUUGAAACUGGUAAAUAUUUUCCAGAUGGUUUUUAUCCUGUAGUCACCAUCGAAUUUUGUGUCAAAGAUAGUGCUCAUUAUCACGUACCCUUAUUAUUAAGUCCGUUUGGUUAUACAACAUAUCGAGGGAGUUAA